GUAGCUUUGCCAAGGAUUUAUCAGCUAAGCAGAAAAUGAGCUUAACAUCCUGGUUUUUGGUGAGCAGUGGAGGCACCCGCCAUAGGCUGCCACGAGAAAUGAUUUUUGUUGGAAGAGAUGACUGUGAGCUGAUGUUACAGUCACGGAGUGUGGACAAGCAACAUGCUGUACUUAACUACGAUGCCUCUACAGAUGAACACUUAGUGAAGGAUUUGGGCAGCUUGAAUGGGACAUUUGUGAAUGAUGUGAGGAUUCCAGAACAGACAUACAUCACUCUGAAGUUAGAAGAUAAACUGAGAUUUGGAUAUGAUACUAAUCUCUUUACUGUCGUCAGGGGAGAGAUGAGAGUCCCUGAAGAAGCACUUAAGCAUGAAAAAUUCACAAGCCAACUCCAGUUAUCCCAAAAAUCUUCAGAGGCAGAAGGAUCAAAGCAAACCAGCUCAAAAAGCUCAGAGUCCAAGGUAACAGACUCCACAGCAGAAGUGCAGCACAAAGCAACAGAAGCACUGAAAUCUGAAGAGAAAUCAAUGGAUCUUUCUGCCAUGCCGCGUGGGACACCCUUGUAUGGACAGCCGGCCUGGUGGGGUGACGAUGAAGCUGAUGAAAAAAGUGGUUGUAAGCCAGACAGCAAGCAUGAAGAAAAAAUGCAUGAGACAGGGGCUUCAGGAUGCAGCACAGAUGCCAAGCAAGCUGAGGAGCAAUCUGCAGCUGCAAGUGAAGAAAUUUAUCCUUUCUGUAGGGAGCCGAGUUAUUUUGAAAUCCCUACAAAAGAAUUCCAGCAACCUUCACAGGUAGCAGAGAGCACUAUUCAUGAAAUUCCAACAAAAGACACCCAAAGCUCCCAUGCAGCAAGUGCGGGGCAUGCUUCCUUUACUAUUGAAUUUGAUGACAACACUCCAGGAAAAGUAACGAUCAAAGAUCAUGUGACAAAAUUCACAUCGGAACAGCGCCACAAGUCAAAAAAGCCUUCUUCCUCCAGUGGUCAGGACCUGCCUGGGCUUCAAACAGUGAUGAUGGCCGCAGAGAGCAAAGUAGCAGAUUGGCUAGCACAGAACAAUCCUCCUAGAAUGAUAUGGGAACCAACAGAGGAGGAUUCCAAAAGUAUUAAGAGUGAUGUUCCAGUGUAUUUGAAGAGACUGAAAGGGAAUAAGCAUGAUGAUGGUACACAAAGUGAUUCAGAAAAUGCAGGUGCACACCGGCAUUACAGUAAGCGGGCAGCACUUGAAGAACACUUAAGGCAUCAUCACACAGAGCUGAAAAAAUCACACCAGAAAGUCCAUUCCACAGAAAAGCAGCAAGAGCAAGCUGGUUUGAGUCAGACUGCCUUUAUGAUUGAGUUUUUUGAUGAAGACCAUCCUCGAAAGAGACGUUCUUACUCUUUUUCUCAGAAUGUAGCAGCUCUGUGCACAGAAUCUCCAUCUACAACACCUCAUACACGAGCUGAAAGAACGAAACCUACGUCAGGAGAGAAAGCAGUCCCUUCAUCUGUGCAAGCUAGCUCAUCACAUCACAGAGCAGUACAUGGCGUUCACGCAAAACUUCUAAAACAAAAGUCAGAAGAACCCUCUGCUGCAUUACCUGUCUUACAAGCUGCAUUGUUAAGGAGUUCGGGAAGCCUUGGCCAUAGGCCUAAUCUGAACCAGGAGGUGGACAAAAAGUUGAAAAGCCAACAUAUUUCUGCUGCUACUGAAAAGGACAAUGAGGAUGACCAGAGUGACAAAGGCACUUACACUAUUGAGUUGGAAAAUCCCAAUUCUGAAGAAAUGGAAGCUCGUAAAAUGAUUGACAAGGAAGGUUCUACUGCCUCUGGAAGUAAACGUUGGGUAUCACAGUGGGCCAGUCUGGCUGCUAAUCACACACGUCAUGACCAAAAUGACAUCAGAUUGGAGUCAUCUGUGACUGCUCCAUUAGAAAAUGACACAGACAUCAGUGAGUCUGGUAUUUCUGUUAGAAGCACUGGUUCAGCUGCCUCUAUGACCAGCCAAGGUGAGCGAAAGAGGAGGACACUUCCACAGCUUCCAAAAGAGGAGAAAGUGAAUGAAAGCUCAAAAGCAAAAAGUACAUCUCAUCAGAGAUCAGAAAUAGGUGAAAAGCAAGACACUGAACUCCAGGAGAAAGAAACUCCAGCUCGUGCCUCAGAUGCUGACAGCAGAAGUAUAGCUAAGUCAAGCAGAACGAUGAAUGGUCUUUCACCCAAAGCCACUGGAGACAAAGGUUUUUCUUUCCCUAGCAAUUCCAGUAAAGAGAGAGUUGAAGCAGGCAGAGAAACUUCCAUGGUGAAACAAGCUUUAGCAAAAAUUCAACAACAGGAAAGAAAAGAGCAAGGACACUGGACACCCACAAAAUUAUCCUCUACAAAACCUGCUGCAAACCAUGCUGAGAAAGGGAGGGAGGAGCUUGCUAUGUCACCCAAAACUCUGGAUAAUCAAGACAAAGCUCCUGGACAUAUUACAGAUAAAGCAGAAAUGAAGUUGGUUCAAAGUGAGGGAAAAAGAAGAAAAAAUGAGGAAACUAUUAAAGGACAAAGUCCUAAAGCGUCUGGAGGAGAAAAAAAGGAAUCUUCAAAACCGUUAGUGAGGCAAGGUAGCUUUACUAUAGAUAAGCCUAGCACAAAUAUACCUAUAGAACUUAUUCCUCACAUAAAUAAGCAAAGUGGCUCUGCUACCCCUUUAGUAUCUGCCAACAGGAUACGUGACAGAAGUGAUUCAAUGGACACUGAUUCCAGCCUAGACACAACACUCAUUUUAAAAGACACGGAAGCCGUAAUGGCUUUCCUUGAAGCUAAACUGCGUGAAGAAAAUAAAACUGAUGAGGGCCCUGAUACUCCAAGCUAUAAUAGAGAUAAUUCCAUAUCACCAGAAUCGGAUGUAGAUACAGCCAGCACAAUCAGUCUUGUUACUGGUGACACUGAAAGAAAAUCCACACAGAAGCGGAAGAGCUUUACAACCUUAUAUAAAGAUAGAUGUUCCUCUGGUUCCCCUUCAAAGGAUGUUUUAAAAUCUUCUGCAACAAGUGCCAGAGAAAAGAUGGAAAAGAAAACUAAAAGUCGAUCUUCAGAUGGCGGGUCUAGAGCUGAUGCUCGCAAAACUGUGCAAUCCAGUGGAAGAAUGAGACAACCGUCGGUGGAUUUGACAGAUGAUGACCAAACAUCUAGUGUACCUCAUUCUGCCAUUUCUGAUAUCUUAUCAUCUGACCAGGAAACCUACUCUGGAAAAUCACAUGGAAGAGUUCCUUUUGCCUCAGCAGAUGAACUUUUACAUUCCAAGAUGGAAGGAAAGUCAGCCAAAUCAAAAACCUCCCCUGUUGCACUUGGGCAAUCUAGUAAAUCUACCACUCUUCCAAGACCUCGUCCCACAAGGACUUCUCUCUUGCGCAGAGCACGUCUUGGUGAAGCCUCAGAUAGUGAGCUUGCUGAUGCCGAUAAGGCUUCAGUGGCUUCCGAGGUGUCCACUACAAGUUCUACAUCAAAACCUCCAUCAGGGAGGAGAAAUAUUUCCAGAAUAGACUUACUUGCUCAGCCUCGCAGAACUCGACUUGGCUCCUUAUCAGCCCGUAGUGAUUCUGAAGCAACAGUAACUAGAAGCACUGCCUCAUCUCGUACCCCAGAAGCUAUUAUCAGAAGUGGGGCAAGGUUAACGUCAGCAGGAGAUAGUAGUAAAGUGUCUGCUAGAACUCGAGCCAAUAGCAUUUCUCGACUUUCAGAUUCAAAAUCCAAAUCUUUGGCUUCAGCUCAUAAUUCCCCCUCAGUAAGUGCAAGAUGGAGGCGCUUUCCUACAGAUUAUGCUUCCACCUCAGAAGACGAAUUUGGAUCAAACCGUAAUUCCCCUAAACAUACCCGUCUACGUACCUCUCCAGCCCUGAAAACCACACGACUGCAGAGCACUGGGACAGGAGCUCUAAGUAGCAACACAUUCAAGCACAGAAUAAAGGAACAGGAAGACUACAUUUGUGACUGGACUGCCCACCGAGAAGAAAUAGCAAGGAUCAGCCAAGAUCUGGCUCUCAUCGCACGGGAAAUCAACGAUGUAGCUGGAGAGAUAGAUUCAGUGACUUCAUCAGGCACUGCCCCCAGUACCACAGUAAGCACUGCUGCCACCACCCCUGGCUCUGCCAUAGACACUAGAGAAGAGGUAGGAGAUCUUCAUGGAGAAAUGCAUAAGUUGGUUGACCGAGUAUUUGAUGAAAGUCUCAAUUUUAGAAAAAUCCCUCCUGUAGUGCACACCAAACCACCAGAGGGGAACGGUCGGCCUAACGGUGCUAGGCCUCAGCUGACAGAUGCCCUUGAUCCCCCAACAAUUACCCGAAGGAGGACUUGGAGCAGAGAUGAAGUUAUGGGGGACAGUUUGUUGUUGUCCUCAGUCUUCCAGUUUUCUCGCAAGAUAAGACAAUCCAUAGACAAAACAGCUGGCAAAAUCAGUCCUAGCAUGAUGUUCAGACUGAACCAGAUUCACGUUUCUGGUUCUUUCCUUUCACCAAAUCCUCGGUAUAUUG